GUCAGGAGGAACAGCUGGUCGUGCGAGAGGCGGCUCAAAUGCGAGACCCGGUCGGACCACGAAGCGGCACUCGACGAUGUCUGCAGUUGCAAUGAGUCAAUGGAGUUCGAUGAGAUGGGCAAGCUACACCAUGCAGGCUCGGAAUGGCGUAGCGGUCACUACUUGUUGGUGAUUUCCUUCACGAAUCUUUACGUCUUCGCCGACAAGUACAACAUCCCCCAGUUACGAGACGACAUAUUGACUGCCUUAAUCGCAGUCAGUUGCAUGGGAUUGGUGGCCCGACAUUGAACGAGAAUUGAUCGACUUUGCUCACGCAAAUCUGCCACAAUCGUCCAAGUUCAUCCGCUUCUUAAGUGAUGUCCACAGCGUACACUUGCCUCUCGCAAGAUGCGGACUGCAGUGCUACUAAACUGCGUACAUUGAAGGGGAUGAAUGAAGACUUUGCUUUUGAAAUUAUGGUUGUGCAGAAUCAGAGGCUCAAGAAUCUAGAGUCGUCAGAUCACAUGCCGCUUGAGUUGGAGGACGCUGUGCCCAAUUCUUGCAUCUUGCACGAGCACCUAGUGCAAGACGCUAGACAAUGUCGAAAGCGCAUUCGUGACCAGCCGUACAUCCUUACCGGGCUCAUCGAAAUGUGUGUGCAAGACGCCGUGAGCAUGGCGAAGGAAUUUGAUGAGGAUUAGGCGGGGAAGGCACCAUGGGAUACACACUAGAGGAUAUGAAGAAUGACCAAGACAUUCGUGUCAAGGGCCCAAAAUUUGGCGCCGGCCUCUGAAGAUGAUAGACAGCCAAGACAGGAGUUUGAGACAUGGAACGGCGCUACUGUACCGGCGUGGGGAUGAGUACAUUACUUCAUAGAGCAGGGUCCCAACGGGAGAUUCCAGCUGACAAGCGAAUGAAAGUGAUGCUCCAGAGGGGCUGAAUGUGACUGCGUGAAACAUAACAGACGAAAC